AUCUCCAUGCCCGACAUCGACCUGAACCUCAAAGGGCCCAAAGUCAAGGCAGACCUUGACAUUUCCACCCCAAAACUGGAAGGGGAGCUGAAAAACCCUGGACUGGACAUCAAAGGCCCCAAAGUUGAGGUUGAAGCACCAGAUUUGGACAUCCAAGGGCCCGAGGGGAAAUUAAAGUUCCCCAAGCUGAAAAUGCCCAAAUUUGAGGUGAAGGGAAAGAGCCCCGACCUCGAGGUGACGCUCCCAAAGGGGGAGAUGGACAUUUCCGGCCCCAAGGUGGACAUCGAUGUCCCGAGUGUGGACGUGGAAGGGCCGGAGGUCAAAGGGAAAGGUCUCAAGUUUAAAAUGCCUGAACUCAACGUUCAGACCCCAAAACUCUCCAUGCCAGAUGUGGAUUUGGGAUUGAAGACCCCAAAACUGAAGGGGGACGCUGGAAUUUCUGGGCUGAAGGGCCCCAAAAUCGAUGUGAAAGGCCCCAAAGUGGAUGUGGAAAGUGCCAAAAUUGAUGUGAAAGGUCCCAAGAUCGAUGUGGAAGGUCCCAAAAUUGAUGUGGAAGGGCCCAAGGUGGAUGUGGAAGGUCCCAGGUUGGAUGUUGACGUGCCUGAGGUGGACUUGGAAUGUCCAGAAGGGAAGAUAAAAGGCCCCAAAUUCAAGAUGCCGAAACUUAACAUUAAAUCACCCAAAAUCUCGAUGCCGGACGUGGAUUUGAACCUGAAGGGACACAAGGUGAAGGGAGAGGUGGACGUGUCCCUCCCGAAGGUUGAAGGUGAUGCCGGCAUCAACAUCAAGGGGCCGAAGGUGGACGUGGAGGUCCCAGAUGUCCACCUGGAGUGUCCAGAGGCCAAACUGAAAAUGCCAAAAAUGAAAUUGCCUCAUUUCAACGUGUCCAGCCCCAAGCUGGAAGGGCCCGAGGUGGAUGUUACCCUGCCGAAAGGAGAGGUGGACCUCUCUGGGCCAGAGGUGGACAUUGAAGGUCCAGAAGUGGACGUUGGAGGAGUGGAAGGGAAAUGGAAAGGUCCCAAAUUCCGGAUGCCGAAGCUGAACAUCAAAUCCCCCAAAAUCUCCAUGCCAGAUGUGGACUUGAACCUGAAGGGACCCAAACUGAAGGGAGAGGUGGACGUGGCAGUCCCCAAGCUGGAAGGGGACUUGAAAGCUCCAGAAAUGGACAUUAAAGGGCCAAAAGUGGACAUUGAGGUGCCCAGCGUGGAUUUGGAGUAUCCUGAGGGGAAGGUCAAAGGCCCCAAGUUCAAGAUGCCUGAGAUGCACAUCAAGACACAGAAGAUCUCCAUGCCGGACAUGGACAUCAACCUGAAGGGCUCCAAGGUCAAGGGCGACGUGGAUGUGUCCCUUCCAAAGCUUGAAGGUGACCUGAAGGGUCCUGAAGUGGACAUCAAAGGCCCCAAAGUGGACAUUGAGGCACCCGAUGUCGACAUUCACGGCCCCGAAGGAAAAUUCAAGAUGCCCAAAUUCAAAAUGCCCAAGUUCGGGAUGCCCGGGGUCAAGGCAGAAGGUCCCGAGGUGGACGUGAACCUCCCAACAGGAAACCUGGAUGUGUCCGGCCCCAAGGUGGACAUUGAAGGUCCGGAAGUGGACGUGGAGCUGCCAGAGGGGAAGGUCAAAGGCCCCAAGUUCAAGAUGCCCGAGAUGCACAUCAAGGCCCCCAAGAUCUCCAUGCCCGAUGUCGACUUCAACCUGAAAGGCCCCAAAGUGAAGGGGGACGUUGAUGUUUCCGUUCCCAAGCUGGAAGGUGACCUGAAGGGCCCUGAAAUUGACAUCAAAGGCCCCAAAGUCGAUGUUGAUCUUCCUGAUGUUGAUCUGGAAGCACCUGAGGGGAAGAUCAAAGGCCCCAAGUUUAAGAUGCCUGAGAUGCACAUCAAGGCCCCCAAAAUCUCAAUGCCAGACUUUGAUCUGAACCUAAAAGGCCCCAAAGUGAAGGGAGAUGUCGAUGUCUCUGUCCCUAAGCUUGAGGGUGACCUGAAAGGUCCUGAACUGGACAUCAAAGGCCCCAAAGUGGACAUUGAGGCACCCGAUGUCGACAUUCACGGCCCCGAAGGAAAAUUCAAGAUGCCCAAAUUCAAAAUGCCCAAAUUUGGGAUGCCCGGGGUCAAGGCAGAAGGUCCCGAGGUGGACGUGAACCUCCCAACAGGAAACCUGGAUGUGUCUGGCCCCAAGGUGGACAUUGAAGGUCCGGAAGUGGACGUGGAGCUGCCAGAGGGGAAGGUCAAAGGCCCCAAGUUCAAGAUGCCCGAGAUGCACAUCAAGGCCCCCAAGAUCUCCAUGCCCGAUGUCGACUUCAACCUGAAAGGCCCCAAAGUGAAGGGGGACGUUGAUGUUUCCGUUCCCAAGCUGGAAGGUGACCUGAAGGGCCCUGAAAUUGACAUCAAAGGCCCCAAAGUCGAUGUUGAUCUUCCUGAUGUGGAGCUGGGAGGUCCAGAGGGGAAGAUCAAAGGCCCCAAGUUCAAGAUGCCUGAGAUGCACAUCAAGGCCCCCAAGAUCUCCAUGCCCGAUGUCGACUUCAACUUGAAGGGCCCCAAGGUCAAGGGUGACAUCAAUGUUUCUGCUCCAAAGCUGGAAGGUGACCUGCAGGGCCCCGAAAUCGACAUCAAAGGCCCCAAAGUGGACAUCGAGGCACCCGAUGUCGACAUUCACGGCCCCGAAGGAAAAUUCAAGAUGCCCAAAUUCAAGAUGCCCAAGUUCGGGAUGCCUGGGGUCAAGGCAGAAGGUCCUGAGGUGGACGUGAACCUCCCAACAGGAAACCUGGAUGUGUCCGGCCCCAAGGUGGACGUUGAGAUGCCGAGUGUGGACAUUGAGGGCCCCGAGGGGAAGAUCAAAGGCCCCAAGUUCAAGAUGCCCGAGAUGAACAUCAAAGCCCCCAAGAUCUCCAUGCCGGACAUUGACCUCAACCUGAAAGGCCCGAAGGUCAAGGGGGGUCUUGAUGUCUCUGUCCCCAGAUUGGAGGGUGACCUGAAAGGUCCGGAUGUGAAUAUUAAAGGUCCGAAGUUGGAUGUGGAUGUUCCUGAUGUGGACGUUGAAGGUCCCGAGGGGAAGUGGAAAGGACCCAAGAUCAAGAUGCCCGAGAUGAACAUCAAGGCACCGAAAUUUUCUUUGCCUGAUGUCGACCUGAACCUGAAAGGUCCCAAACUGAAGGGAGAAGUGGAUGUGUCUGCCCCAAAAAUUGAAGGUGACGUGAAAGUGCCAGAUCUGGAGUUGAAAGGACCCAAAGUGGACGUGGAUGUCCCUGACAUCGAACUGGAGGGCCCCGAGGGGAAGGUGAAGGGCCCCAAGUUCAAGAUGCCCGAGAUGCACUUCAAAGCCCCCAAGAUCUCAAUGCCGGACUUUGAUCUGAACCUGAAGGGCCCCAAAGUGAAAGGGGACGUGGACAUGUCCAUCCCGAAAAUCGAGGGAGAUUUGAAGGGCCCAGACGUUGACAUCAAAGGCCCCAAAGUCAAUGUCAACCUCCCUGACGUCGACCUGGAGUGUCCGGAAGCGAAGCUGAAAGGCCCCAAGUUCAAGAUGCCCGAAAUGCACUUCAAAACCCCCAAAAUCUCCAUGCCUGACAUUGAUUUGAACCUGAAAGGCCCAAAACUGAAGGGGGACGUGGACAUCUCUGGCCCCAAACUGGAAGGCGAUUUGAAGGGCCCAGAUGUGGACAUCGAAGCUUCUGGUCCCAAACUGGACAUCGAAGCUCCUGCCGUGGACAUUGAUCUCCCAGAGGGGAAGGUGAAGGGCCCCAAGUUCAAGAUGCCCGAGAUGCACUUCAAGGCCCCCAAAAUCUCAAUGCCAGACUUUGAUCUGAACCUGAAAGGCCCCAAGGUCAAGGGCGACAUUGAUGUGUCCCUGCCCAAGCUGGAAGGUGACCUGAAAGGUCCAAAAGUGGACACUGAGGCUCCAGAUGUGGAGCUGGAAUGUCCAGAAGGGAAGAUCAAAGGCCCCAAGUUCAAAAUGCCCGAGAUGCACAUUAAGGCCCCCAAGAUCUCCAUGCCCGACUUCGAUCUGAACCUGAAAGGCCCCAAGGUGAAGGGGGACAUUGAUGUCUCAGUCCCCAAGCUGGAAGGGGACCUGAAAGGUCCUGAAAUUGACGUCAAAGGCCCCAAAGUUGAUGUCAGCCUUCCUGAUGUUGAGCUGGAGUGUCCAGAGGGGAAGGUGAAAGGCCCCAAGUUCAAGAUGCCCGAGAUGCAUUUUAAGACACCCAAGAUCUCCAUGCCUGACAUCGACCUGAACCUGAAAGGCCCCAAAAUCAAGGGGGACGUUGAUGUUUCCCUUCCCAAAGUGGAAGGUGACCUGAAGGGCCCCGAAAUUGACAUCAAAGGUCCCAAAGUUGAUGUUGACCUUCCUGAUGUUGAUCUGGCAGGUCCAGAGGGGAAGAUCAAAGGCCCCAAGUUCAAGAUGCCCGAGAUGAACAUCAAGGCCCCCAAGAUCUCCAUGCCCGAUGUUGACUUCAACCUGAAGGGCCCCAAGGUCAAAGGGGACAUUGAUGUCUCUGUCCCUAAACUGGAAGGGGACCUGAAGGCCCCUGAAAUUGACAUCAAAGGCCCCAAAGUGGACAUUGAGGCACCUGACGUCAACAUUCAUGGCCCAGAAGGGAAAAUAAAGUUCCCCAAAUUCAAGAUGCCCAAGUUCGGGAUGCCCGGGGUCAAGGCAGAAGGUCCCGAGGUGGACGUGAACCUCCCAACAGGAAACCUGGAUGUGUCUGGCCCCAAGGUGGACAUUGAAGGUCCGGAAGUGGACGUGGAGCUGCCAGAGGGGAAGGUCAAAGGCCCCAAGUUCAAGAUGCCCGAGAUGCAUUUUAAGACACCCAAGAUCUCCAUGCCCGAUGUUGACUUCAACCUGAAGGGCCCCAAAGUGAAGGGGGACAUCGAUGUCUCUGUUCCAAAGCUCGAGGGAGAUUUGAAAGCCCCAGACAUCAACAUCCAGGGCCCCAAAGUCAAUGUUGAUCUUCCUGAUGUUGAACUGGAAGGGCCUGAGGGGAAGAUCAAAGGCCCCAAGUUCAAGAUGCCUGAGAUGCACAUCAAGGCCCCCAAGUUCUCCAUGCCCGAUGUUGACUUCAACCUGAAGGGCCCCAAGGUCAAGGGUGAUGUGGACGUGUCAGUUCCAAAACUGGAAGGUGACCUGAAGGCCCCUGAGCUGGACAUCAAAGGCCCCAAAGUGGAUAUUGAAGCACCUGAUGUCGAUAUUCAUGGCCCAGAAGGGAAAAUAAAAUUUCCCAAAUUCAAGAUGCCCAAAUUUGGGGUCCCCGGCUCCAAAGUGGAGGCACCAGACGUGGCCGUGAACCUGCCAACAGGAAACCUGGAUGUGUCCGGCCCCAAGGUGGACAUUGAAGGUCCGGAAGUGGACGUGGAGCUGCCAGAGGGGAAGAUCAAAGGCCCGAAGUUCAAGAUGCCCGAGAUGCACAUCAAGGCCCCCAAGAUCUCCAUGCCCGAUGUCGACUUCAACCUGAAAGGCCCCAAAGUGAAGGGGGACGUUGAUGUUUCCGUUCCCAAGCUGGAAGGUGACCUGAAGGGCCCUGAAAUUGACAUCAAAGGCCCCAAAGUCGAUGUUGAUCUUCCUGAUGUGGAGCUGGGAGGUCCAGAGGGGAAGAUCAAAGGCCCCAAGUUCAAGAUGCCCGAGAUGCACAUCAAGGCCCCCAAGAUCUCCAUGCCGGACGUUGACUUCAACCUGAAGGGCCCCAAGCUGGAAGGUGAUGUUAAGGGUCCUGAGCUGGACAUCAAAGGCCCCAAAGUGGACAUUGAGGCACCCGAUGUCGACAUUCACGGCCCAGAAGGGAAAAUUAAAAUGCCAAAAUUCAAGAUGCCCAAAUUUGGAUUUUCCGGUCCAAAAGUGGAAGGUCCCGAGGUAGACGUGAACCUCCCUGAGGCCGAUGUCAACAUUUCGGCUCCAAAGGUUGACGUUUCUAUCCCUGACCUGGACAUUGAAGGCCCAGAAGGGAAACUGAAGGGCCCCAAGUUCAAGAAGCCGGAGCUGCAGUUCAACGUCCCCAAAAUCUCCAUGCCCGACAUCGACCUGAACCUGAAAGGCCCCAAAUUGAAAGGUGACCUCGAUGCUUCUCUUCCCAAGGUCGAGGGCGAGCUGAAAGGCCCAAAAGUUGACAUCAAAGGGCCAGAGCUCGAGCUGGAGGGGCCGAAGGCUGACCUCGAAGGAAAAGGUAAAAAAUCCAGGUUUAAACUUCCCAAGUUUGGCUUUUCUGGCCCAAAAGUUCAAAGCCCUGAGGUGGACGUGAAGCUCAAAAAACCUGAGGUGGAGCUGUCUGGCCCGAAAGUCGAGGUUCAGGCUCCAGAUUUGGAUGUCCAGGCGAAAUCCAAAGGUUCCAAAUUCAAAAUGCCUUUUCUCAAUAUUUCUUCACCCAAAGUCUCGAUGCCGGACGUGGAGUUGAACCUGAAGGGGCACAAAAUGAAAGGGGAGUUUGACCUGUCUGUCCCCAAAUUGGAAGGGGAGAUGAAGAGUCCCGAGGUGGACAUCAAAGGCCCCAAGGUCAACCUUGAGACCCCCGAUGUGGAUGUUCAUGGCCCAGAGGGUAAAAUCAAGAUGCCCAAGUUCAAAAUGCCCAAAUUUGGUGUUCCUGGGUUUAAAGGGGAGGGGCCAGAGGUGGACGUGAACCUGCCAACAGGAGAACUGGAUGUGUCUGGUCCCGAAGUGGACAUUGAAGGCCCAGAUGUGGACAUUGAGGGGCCAGAGGGGAAGAUCAAAGGCCCCAAGUUCAAGAUGCCCGAGAUGAACAUCAAAGCCCCCAAGAUCUCCAUGCCUGACAUUGACCUCAACCUGAAAGGCCCCAAAGUGAAGGGGGAUGUGGAUGUGUCCCUGCCCCAGGUGGACCUGAAAGGACCCAAAUUGGACGUAGAAGUUCCCGACCUCGAUAUUGAAGGUCCGAAAGGGAAAAUAAAAGGCCCCAAAUUUAAAAUGCCUGAGAUGAACAUCAAAGCUCCCAACAUCUCCAUGCCAGACCUGGACCUGAACCUGAAAGGCCCCAAGGUGAAAGGCGGGGUGGACAUUGAUCUAUCCACACCGAAAAUCGAAGGGGACGUAAAUAUGCCAGACAUCAGUGUCAAAGGCCCCAAAGUGGACGUUGAAGGCCCAGAGCUGGACAUUGAAGGGCCUGAGGGGAAGAUCAAAGGCCCCAAGUUCAAGAUGCCCGAGAUGCACAUCAAGGCCCCCAAGAUCUCCAUGCCCGAUGUCGACUUCCACUUGAAGGGCCCCAAGGUCAAGGGUGACAUCAAUGUUUCUGCUCCAAAGCUGGAAGGUGACCUGCAGGGCCCCGAAAUCGACAUCAAAGGCCCCAAAGUGGACAUCGAGGCACCCGAUGUGGACAUUCACGGCCCUGAGGGAAAAUUCAAGAUGCCCAAGUUCAAGAUGCCCAAGUUCGGGAUGCCCGGGGUCAAGGCAGAAGGUCCUGAGGUGGAUGUGAACCUCCCAACAGGAAACCUGGAUGUGUCCGGCCCCAAGGUGGACAUUGAAGGUCCGGAAGUGGACGUGGAGCUGCCAGAGGGGAAGGUGAAGGGCCCCAAGUUCAAGAUGCCCGAGAUGCAUUUUAAGACACCCAAGAUCUCCAUGCCCGACAUUGACCUGAACCUGAAAGGUCCCAAGAUCAAAGGUGACGUUGAUGUUUCUGUCCCUAAGCUGGAAGGUGACCUGAAAGGCCCUGAAAUUGACAUCAAAGGCCCCAAAGUCGAUGUUGAUCUUCCUGAUGUGGAGCUGGGAGGUCCAGAGGGGAAGAUCAAAGGCCCCAAGUUCAAGAUGCCUGAGAUGCACAUCAAGGCCCCCAAAAUCUCAAUGCCGGACUUUGAUCUGAACCUGAAGGGCCCCAAGGUGAAGGGGGACGUUGAUGUUUCCGUUCCCAAGCUGGAAGGUGACCUGAAGGGCCCUGAAAUUGACAUCAAAGGCCCCAAAGUCGAUGUUGAUCUUCCUGAUGUUGAUCUGGAAGCACCUGAGGGGAAGAUCAAAGGCCCCAAGUUCAAGAUGCCUGAGAUGCACAUCAAGGCCCCCAAAAUCUCCAUGCCGGACUUUGACCUGAACCUGAAAGGCCCCAAAGUGAAGGGGGACGUUGAUGUUUCCGUUCCCAAGCUGGAAGGUGACCUGAAGGGUCCUGAAAUUGACAUCAAAGGCCCCAAAGUCGAUGUUGAUCUUCCUGAUGUGGAGCUGGGAGGUCCAGAGGGGAAGAUCAAAGGCCCCAAGUUCAAGAUGCCUGAGAUGCACAUCAAGGCCCCCAAAAUCUCAAUGCCGGACUUUGAUCUGAACCUGAAGGGCCCCAAGGUGAAGGGGGACGUUGAUGUUUCCGUUCCCAAGCUGGAAGGUGACCUGAAGGGCCCUGAAAUUGACAUCAAAGGCCCCAAAGUCGAUGUUGAUCUUCCUGAUGUUGAUCUGGAAGCACCUGAGGGGAAGAUCAAAGGCCCCAAAUUUAAGAUGCCCGAGAUGAACAUCAAGGCUCCCAAAAUCUCAAUGCCGGACUUUGAUCUGAACCUGAAAGGCCCCAAAGUGAAGGGGGACAUGGACGUGUCACUGCCGAGCAUGGGAGGUGACCUGAAAGGGCCAAAGGUGGAUGUGAAAGGCCCUGAGUUCAAUGUUUCUGCCCCAGAUGUUCAAAUCGAGGGCCCAGAAGGGAAGGUUAAAGGCCCCAAGUUCAAGAUGCCUGAGAUGCACAUCAAGGCCCCCAAGAUCUCCAUGCCUGACAUUGAUCUGAACCUGAAAGGCCCCAAGGUGAAGGGGGACAUUGAUGUCUCUGUUCCAAAGCUGGAAGGGGACCUGAAGGGCCCUGACAUCGACAUCAAAGGCCCCAAAGUCGAUGUUGACCUUCCUGAUGUGGAAUUGGAGGGACCUGAGGGGAAGAUCAAAGGCCCUAAGUUCAAGAUGCCCGAGAUGCACAUCAAGGCCCCCAAGAUCUCCAUGCCGGACAUCGACUUCAACCUGAAAGGCCCCAAAGUGAAGGGGGACGUGGAUGUGUCCCUUCCAAAGCUCGAGGGUGACCUGCAGGGCCCCGAAAUUGACAUCAAAGGCCCCAAAGUCGAUGUUGAUCUCUCUGAUGUGGAGCUGGGAGGUCCAGAGGGGAAGAUCAAAGGCCCCAAGUUCAAGAUGCCCGAGAUGCACAUCAAGGCCCCCAAGAUCUCCAUGCCUGAUGUCGACUUCAACUUGAAGGGCCCCAAGGUCAAGGGUGACAUUGAUGUCUCUGUCCCUAAACUGGAAGGUGACCUGCAGGGCCCCGAAAUCGACAUCAAAGGCCCCAAAGUGGACAUCGAGGCACCCGAUGUCAACAUUCAUGGCCCUGAGGGAAAAUUCAAGAUGCCCAAAUUCAAGAUGCCCAAGUUCGGGAUGCCCGGGGUCAAGGCAGAAGGUCCUGAGGUGGAUGUGAACCUCCCAACAGGAAACCUGGAUGUGUCUGGCCCCAAGGUGGACAUUGAAGGUCCGGAAGUGGACGUGGAGCUGCCAGAGGGGAAGGUGAAGGGCCCCAAGUUCAAGAUGCCCGAGAUGCAUUUUAAGACACCCAAGAUCUCCAUGCCCGACAUUGACCUGAACCUGAAAGGUCCCAAGAUCAAAGGUGACGUUGAUGUUUCUGUCCCUAAGCUGGAAGGUGACCUGAAGGGUCCUGAAAUUGACAUCAAAGGCCCCAAAGUCGAUGUUGAUCUCCCUGAUGUAGAGCUGGGAGGUCCUGAGGGGAAGAUCAAAGGCCCCAAGUUCAAGAUGCCCGAGAUGCACAUCAAGGCCCCCAAAAUCUCCAUGCCGGACGUUGACUUCAACCUGAAGGGCCCCAAGUUUGAGGGUGACCUUAAGGGUCCUGAGCUGGACAUCAAAGGCCCCAAAGUGGACAUCGAGGCACCCGAUGUCGACAUUCACGGCCCCGAAGGGAAAUUCAAACUACCAAAAUUCAAGAUGCCCAAAUUUGGGAUGCCAGGGCUGAAGGGAGAAGGUCCUGAGGUGGACGUGAACCUGCCAACAGGAAACCUGGAUGUGUCCGGCCCCAAGGUGGACAUUGAAGGUCCGGAAGUGGACGUUGAGGGUCCUGAAGGAAAACUGAAAGGCCCCAAGUUCAAGAUGCCUGAGAUGCACAUCAAGGCCCCCAAAAUCUCCAUGCCAGACCUCGAUCUGAACCUGAAAGGCCCCAAAAUCAAAGGUGAUGUGGACAUGUCUCUGCCAAGCGUUGAAGGAGAACUGAAAGGCCCUGAGGUCAAUGUCACUGCCCCCGACAUCAGCAUCGACAGCCCUGAGGGCAAAUUCAAACUCCCCAAGUUCAAGAUGCCCAAAUUUUCCAUGCCUGGAUUCAAAGGGGAAGGGAUGGACGUUGAUGUGACCCUCCCCAGGGGUGACGUCGACAUUUCGGGCCCCAGCAUGGAUGUGGAGGCUCCUGACCUGAGCGUGGACGGGAAAGUCAAAGGUCCCAAAUUUUCCAUGCCCGAGAUGCACAUCAAGGCCCCCAAGAUCUCCAUGCCCGAUGUCGACUUCAACCUGAAGGGCCCCAAGGUCGAAGGUGAUGUCGAUGUUUCUGUCCCGAAAAUGGAAGGUGACCUGAAGGGCCCUGAAAUUGACAUCAAAGGCCCCAAAGUCGAUGUUGAUCUUCCUGAUGUGGAGCUGGGAGGUCCAGAGGGGAAGAUCAAAGGCCCCAAGUUCAAGAUGCCCGAGAUGCACAUCAAGGCCCCCAAGAUCUCCAUGCCCGAUGUUGACUUCAACCUGAAGGGCCCCAAGGUCAAAGGGGACAUCGAUGUCUCUGUCCCUAAGCUGGAGGGGAACCUGCAGUGCCCAGAUGUUGAUAUCAAAGGCCCCAAGGUGGACAUUCAGGCACCAGAUGUGACCCUGGAAGGGCCCAAGGUCAAGAUGCCCGAAAUUCAGGUCAAGACCCCCCAGAUCUCCAUGCCCGACAUCGACCUGAACCUGAAGGGCCUGAAGGUGAAAGGCGACUCUGACCUGCAUGGGCCCAAGCUCGAGGGGGGUCUGAAGGGCCCCGAGGUCGAUAUCAAAGGCCCCAAAGUCGACAUCGAGGGCCCAGCGGUCGACGUCGAUGGUCUGGGGGGGAAAGUGAAGCUACCCAAAAUGAAAAUGCCCAAAUUUGGCUUUAAAGGGGAAGGUCCUGACGCGGAUGUGAAGUUGCCAAAGGCCGAGGUGGAUCUGUCUGGCCCCAAGGUUGACCUCAGCCUCCCGGAGGUCAACGUUGAGGGUCUGGAGGGCAAAGUGAAAGGUCCUAAACUGAAAAUGCCCGAAAUGCAUAUGAACGUCCCCAAAAUCUCCAUGCCUGAGAUAGACCUGAACUUGAAAGGCCACAAAACCAAGGGCGGCUUUGACAUUUCAACCCCAAAGGUGGAAGGUCACCUAAAAGGGCCUGAGGUCAACCUCAAAGGACCAGAAUUCGGGGUCAAAGGCCCUGAAGUUGACGUUGAAGGUCCCGACCUGAGCAUCGAGGGCCCAGAGGCCAACAUCAAAGCUCCCAAGUUUAAAAAGUCCAAGUUUGGGUUUGGGAUGAAAAGCCCAAAGGCGGAGGUGGAUUUACCGGAGGCAGAGCUGAAUGUGGAGUCACCUGAGGUCAAUCUGUCUGGGAAGGGGAAGAAGAGCAAGUUCAAGAUGCCCAAAAUCCACAUGAGCGGCCCCAAAGUGAAGGGGAAGAAGGGGGCAUUCGAUGUGAACGCGGCGGGGGCAGAGCUGGACACAGAACUCAGCAUUGCCGGCCCCGACGUCACCGUCAAAGGUGAUGCCGCCGUGAAGUCGCCCAAAGGCAAGAAACCCAUGUUUGGGAAAAUCUCCUUCCCAGAUGUCGAAUUCGACCUCAAAUCGCACAAGUUCCGAGGGGAGGCCUCAGUGGGGGUCCCGAAAGUCGAGGGGGAUCUGGAGGUGUCGGUGCCGGCGGUCAAGGGCGACCUCAAGGGCCCGAGUCUCAACAUGGACGUUGAAGGUCCCGAUGUGAACCUGAAAAGCCCAAAAUUCAAACUCCCUGGGGUCCAGGUGGGCGCUGGGGAUGUGAAAAUCAGGGGGGACCUGAAAGGCCCUGGGAUCGAUGUCGCCGUUCCCUCGGUCGCGGUGCCGGAUGUCGACUUGGGCGUGAAAGGACCAAAAGUAAAAGGUGAAGUCAGUGUUGCCGGAGCACAACUGGAAGGUCCCGAGGGGAAACUGGGAUGGCCCAAGGGGGGGAAAAUGGGUUUGGGGCUGGAAAUGCCGGAUGUGGACUCGGAUGUGGAUGUGAAGCUCACAGGGCCCCAAAUCUCCAGACCUGAGUUUGAGGGGAACCUGAAAGGACCAAAAUUAAAGGGAGACUUGGACGUUUCGGGCUCUGUGGAAGGGCCUGGUGUCACCCUGGACGUGCCCGGCCUCGACCUCGGCGGCUUGGGGGGGAAGGUGAAGCUGCCCAAGGCCAAGUCCCCGACGCUGGAGGUCAAGGGGGGCGUCCCCUGCUCCGUCCAGUCCCCGGGGGCCUCCCUGGACCUCAAGGGGCCCUCGCUGGAUGUCUCCGGCCUGGAUUUGGAUGUCAACCUGAAAGGACCAAAGUUGAAAGGAGACAUCGGCGUCAAAUCCCCCAAAGCAUCGGCAGACGACUCUGGCUUUGAAAUUCUGGGGGGCACCAUCAAACUCCCGUCCCUGAAGCUCCCCCAGUUCGGCAUCUCCAGCCCCAGCAUGGAGGGAGGGGACGCAGGGGUCACUCUGGAAGGUCCCCAAGUGAAGGGGGGGCUGAAGGGCUCCGGUUUGGAGCUGGAAGGCCCCGAGGUGGAACUGAAAGGGCCGAAAUUCCCAACACCAGCGUCUCCCGGCGUCCCCUUGCCGGACGUUGAUCUGAGGCUGAAAGGACCAAACCUGGAUGUGGCUGGUGACAUCAAAGGGUCAAAGGUCAGUGUGGAAGCCCCUCAUGGAGGGGUGAGCGUCCACCUGGAGGCUCCGGAAGUGUCUGGCUCAGGAUUGAACGUCAGCAUGAAAGGGCCAAAGGUCAAAGGUGUGGCCGAGGUGACGCCGCCGUCGGUCAGCGCUGGCGCUGGAAUGUUCCACGCCUCCGGCCCCAAGGUGGGCACUGGGGCCGGCCCCGAGGGCAGCCAGGUCAAAGUAUCCUUCCCCAAGCUGCGGAUGCCGAAAUUCGUCUUCUCUGAGCCUGAGGCCAAGGGCCGGGAGGUCGGGGUAGACGUCGACUUCCCUGGGGCCGACGUGGCCGAGCCGGAACCGGAUGAGGCUGAGGCGAGGAUGAAGAAAUCCAAGCUCAAGAUGCCCAAAUUCAACUUCUCCAAGCAGAAAGGGCGGAGCGGUGGCACCCUGGGGUCCCCUGAGGCGUCAGGGUCGGUGUCAGGCUCCAAGGGCGACCUGAAGAGCUCCAAGGUGAGUCUGGGCUCAGCCGAGGGCGAGCUGGAGGCCGAGGCGCCGGCGGCCAAGGGCAAAUUCUCGCUGUUCCGCAGCAAGAAGCCGCGGCCGCGCUCGUCGUCCUUCAGCGAUGACCACUCGGCCGAGCUGGACGCCGCCGCCAAGCAGCCCAAGAGCAAAUUUGGGACCUUCGGCGGCAUCGGCUCCAAGGCCAAGGGGUGCUACGAGGUCACAGCCGGGGAUGAGGACGCGGGGCGGGCACUGGGGUCCCCCAAGUCCCGCCUGUCCUCAUCCUCGUCCUCCGAGGGCGUCGGUGGCGCUGCCCGGGGCGGCUUCCGCGUGCCCGGCGUGGAGCUGGCGGUGGCCAAGCGCAAGGAGUGACCGCUGGGGGAGGGGUUGUACAUAGGCCUGGAAGGAGGGACCCCCACAUGUACAGAAAUGGGGGGAGGGGUUGGGGGUCCCCCCGAAAUUUUGGGGUCCCCCUCGGGGUCCCUACGCUCGCUCUGGCCCCGCUGAGAGCUUCACUUCUUCCCUCCCAAUUUAUCCUUUUUUGAUAUUUUUAUUGGGUUUUUUUUUUCGUUCUCCUCUGUUUUUUUCCCCUCCUCCCCCUCAAAAAAUUUUCAGUGUUUGGUUC